AACGACCGUCCGCCCACUUGUUUCAAAUAGUUGAGCUUUCGAUUAUCUAAUUUUAAUCCCUCUCUUCAUUCUCUGAUCCAUCAUCUAUUUCCGGGUUCAAAUCAUGGGAUCAGUUAAUGAAGAUGAAGUAGUCAUUGAUCAGGACCUUUGGGUUACUCAAAUAAAGGAACGCCUUCAAAGACAUGGCCAGCAAGAAGAAGUAAAGGAGAUCUUGGUAUCCGUUUUUUGUGUGCCCAAGGAGCUGUUGACAUUGAAGCCAGAAGCAUAUAUUCCGCAGUGCGUCUCCAUUGGACCAUAUCACCAUUGGAGAGCGCAUUUAUUAGAAAUGGAGAGAUAUAAAAUAACUGCUGCGCGAAGAUUCCAGAAAACAUUAACCGGUGACUGCAAGUUCGAAUCUGUAGUGGAAGAAGUGAAGAAGUAUGACUGGCAAAUCAGGAACUGCCACCACAAAUUUCUUGACUACGAGGAGGAAGCCCUUGCAUGGCUCAUGGCUCUGGACGCCUCCUUCGUGCUCGAGUGCUUGCAGUUCUACGUCAAAGAGGGUGAUCAGGCUUCACCCCAGGUGAAGCAACUAGGUCUAAUUUUAGAUCCAUCUCGCAGCAGUGCAACCCAAUGCAAUUAUGAGAGAUCUGAUAAUGCUAGAGAAUCAGUUACCUUUGUUCCUCUUGGAGAAGCUGCUGGAAAUAGAGAUGGUUCAAGGAUGUGCAUAAAAGAAAGGGGUCACAUAUUGGAGGUGCUCUACUACUCUAUUUUCCCUGCAGCAGCCAUGGGCCAUACUAUUUCUAAUAAGAAGGAGGAUGGGAAAGUCCCGUUGCGAGAAUCAAACUACUUAAUGCGUGCUCUGAAAGCUUUAUGCAAGGCUCUCUCCUCGUUAAAAGUCGGGUUUGUUCAACUAGUCUCGGCUCUCCCUGACCGUGUCUUGGAAGGCCGGCCUGCCCAGUUUGUGACACAGUUGUCCACGAAUCUUGUUUCAGCUUUUGAAUCUCUUUCAAUUAAGCGCAGAAAUGAAACAGAUGAGGAUAAAGAUGAAGAGAGUGGGUUUUCGUCCGCGGAAACACCUCCUACACGCGACGAACUAGCUGUUCCUUGCGUCUCCGAUUUAUACUCAGCAGGAGUAAAAUUUCGUCCAACCGAGGGAGACGUCACCAGAAUUCGCUUCGACCAGACCACUGCAACUCUUUAUCUUCCCAAAUUGAGGUUGGAUUCCAACACAGAAGUAGUUCUCAGAAAUCUAGUGGCGUUCGAAGCUUCGGGUGCUCCCGGUACUUUGACCUUCACUCGCUACACUGAUUUCAUGAAUGGCAUCAUUGACAGUGUUGAAGAUGUUCGGCUGUUGAGAAAGAGUGGGAUUAUCUACAAUCACCUGGCAGACGACGGGAAAGUGGCAAGCCUGUGGAACGGCUUGGGUAAAUGUCUCAAAUUGACGCGAGUUAAAUAUUUGGACCAAGUUAUAGCGGACGUCAACAAGCAUUAUAACAGCCGAUGGAGCGUUGCUGCGAAGCGGCAUGUGAACAAGUACAUAUUUGGUUCGUGGCAGCUCCUCACUGUUGUGGCCACGGGGAUACUUCUGCUUCUAACUUGCUUCCACGCUUUUUGUUCUGUGUAUGACUGUAAGCGUUGGUGGAACGACAGUACUGUUCUGCAGGGCUAAGCCAAUCGGAAGAGUUUUAUCUUCUAAUUACCGAUGCUGACAUCCAUUUCUUCUCUUUGAAAUACUUCAUUUACAUUGACGGAGUACAAGAGUUUUGUUUUUUGA